GCCGUUUGCACAAGCCCGGCCCCUCGCCGCAGCCUGGCUUGGCGGCGCUGGCCGCUCCCGCUCCCCCCCGCCCGGGCUCUUUGUCGGCGGGGGGCCGCGGCGCCAUGUCCUCCCCCAAGAACGGCUUCUACCGGCAGGAGAUCACCAAGACCCUCUGGGAAGUGCGGGACCGCUACCGGGACCUGCAGCCGGUGGGGUCCGGCGCUUACGGAGCCGUCUGCUCAGCCGUGGAUGGGAGAAGUGGCACCAAAGUGGCCAUUAAGAAGUUGUACCGCCCGUUUCAGUCUGAACUCUUUGCCAAACGUGCCUACCGAGAGCUGCGCCUCCUGAAACACAUGAAGCACGAAAACGUCAUUGGAAUAUUAGAUGUGUUCACACCAGAUGUAACACUGGAGAAGUUUAAUGAUUUCUACCUUGUCAUGCCAUUUAUGGGAACAGACUUGAGUAAGAUAAUGAAGCAUGAGAAACUAACUGAAGACCGAAUCCAGUUCCUGGUAUAUCAGAUGUUGAAAGGCUUAAAGUAUAUUCACUCGUCAGGCAUAAUUCACAGGGAUCUAAAGCCUGGAAACCUGGCAGUAAAUGAAGACUGUGAAUUGAAGAUUCUGGAUUUUGGAUUGGCAAGGCACACAGACAGUGAGAUGACUGGUUAUGUGGUUACGAGGUGGUAUAGAGCCCCAGAGGUCAUACUCAACUGGAUGCAUUAUACGCAAACAGUUGACAUCUGGUCUGUGGGCUGUAUAAUGGCUGAGAUGAUAACAGGGAGGCCUCUGUUCAAAGGAAAUGAUCAUCUGGACCAACUCACAGAAAUAAUGAAAGUAACAGGUACACCAACUCAAGAUUUUGUUCAAAAGCUGCACAGUCAAGAUGCAAAAAACUAUAUCAAAAGCCUCCCAAAAGUCCAGAAAAAAGAUUUUUCAUCCAUCUUGAAGUAUGCAAAUCCUUUGGCUGUAAACCUUUUGGAGAAGAUGCUGGUGCUGGAUGCAGAGAAGCGAAUUACAGCAGCUGAGGCUUUGAUGCACCCUUACUUUGAACCAAUCCAUGAUCCUGAGGAAGAAAUUGAAGCAGAGAAAUAUGACGACACGUUUGAUAACAUGGAUCUUCCGCUAGAUGAAUGGAAGUGCAUUACGUAUAAAGAGAUACUGAACUUCAAGCCACCACAGACUUUGGAGUCAAAGGAGACAGCAGUGUAAUUCUAUGUCUCGGUCUUUUCAGAACUCAGAAGAAAACCAGAAAGUUGUAAAUGUUUGUGAGAUUUCAGGUGUAUAAAACUUUUAUGAAUAAACUGGAUGUAACCUGUGUCAUCUGCACUGUAAGAAAGUGCAGUGUCUUACUCUGCAUGUGAAACUUGGUGCCUUUGGGAGUAGCAUUUCAAAACUAUCCAGAAACAUUCAUGCCUACAGCUUCUUUCUGCAUGAAAGAAUUCAAACUGUGGCAACCCAGUGCCAUCCUCAAAAAAGCAGGUAGGACUAAUUCUUCCACUCAAGGAUCAGAAGAGUACAAGUCACCACCCAAGCAAUCUGAGACACACAGUAUGUCAGGGGUGCGCUGUGACUGUUCUCCAAGGCUGCUGAGCUAUCCUGAAUGCAAGAAGUAUUCAUGUGACUUUCUCUGGAAUAUUUCACCUUGGUAAGGUGCCUGGGGAGGCUAGUCAGCCUCUGCUACCUCAGCGAGUGCAGCAGGUAGUGGAAACAGCCCAGAGGAAUGCCCAUGUCCCUUGCCCUCUGUGAAUGGAAGAGAACCUCAGCUCCAGCCGGUUCUGACAGAUCUGGGCAAGAAGCAGAGAAGUGCGGAUGUCCUAGGUGUUUUUCAAAGUAACUAGCAUAGCAGGACAUGACUUCACAAACACUUGGUGACCAGUCGUUGGAUAAACAAUGACUAUCAAGGGGCACAAUAUUUUCCUCUAAAUACAGUGCAGUCUCCUUGUAUUACAGACUAGGGAACAAGGAUUUCCAGGGAGAAAUAAAUUUUAAGACUUUCUGAAGUUUUGUAAGGUUUCCAGCUUCCUAGUAUUGAAAUGAUCACGGAGAAAGUACCUCUUUCUCAGAGGACUUGCAGGUUAUAGAUUCAGCAGUGCUGAUUUUAGAAGUAAAGCUGCAUGCAGGUCACGUCAUAGAAAAUUAAAUGAGGAUAAAAAUGCUACUCUGCAGCUGUUCAUUUGGAAUACCUGCAGCAAGCGGUUUUGUACACAGUGUACAGAAGUGUUGCCAGGCGCAGAAUAACAACCAUUCCUGGGUUUAGCCUUCUGAACUCAUCUUAGAAAAGCCCUCAGACCUUCUGUCGAGAAGUGCAUCACCAGGAGUCAGCUUCCUGAUGGUAUAGAUUGGUUAGACACUUCAUGAGUUCCUAUUACAUUUGCUAUAUUUUCCUAGGUGCUUAGCUCAUAAUAAUCUCUCAGAGGUAGGACAAUAAAUUGGUAAACCUUUGGUGAAGAAUUCCCAUGUGAGAUUGUUUGUCCUUGCUAAAGGUAAUGUCUUUACAAUUGACUAUUUGGAUGUGGAUUAUUCCCAAUACAAUAUGCCGGUGUGUGUUGCUACUAAGUGAAACAAUUGUGAAGGAAGACAUUAGAUCCUGGGAGGUAAUAACUGGAAAAUAAGUAAGAAAUUACUUGGGUUAUUUUUGCUUUAAAAGCCAACUUAAGCCAGAAUUUUUAUCAAGACACAGUUCUUUCCUUUCAAUGAAUGUUAAGUUGAACACCUGUAAAUACUAGCAUUUGUUUGCAAACUGUUUGUGAUGAGCAUUGAUUAGCUGAGAUGGGCACUUAGACUAAAUGGUGACAGAAACCUUGAA